CAGGGCUCGGGCUCCGCCCCUCGCGGCCCGAGCGAGCGUGCGCGCCGUAAUGGCUGCGGCGGCAGCGGGGGAGGGCCGAGGAGGGGCGGGCGGCGGGGCUGCGAGGCCGCCCCCGGCUCUGGGCACGAGCCUUUAAAUUCCCGGGCCGGCCCGGGGUGCCAGCUCGGGAGUCUGCGGCUGUGGGAGGCUGAGCGAGCUGAGCAGCCCCCGUCUGUCCGUGCCGAGGCCGCCGCCGCCGCUGCUCUGCGACCCCCUGAAGCGUCCGCAACGCCGCCUCCGUGUAAUCAUGUUUGAAAUCAAGAAGAUCUGUUGCAUUGGAGCAGGUUAUGUUGGAGGACCUACAUGUAGUGUCAUUGCACAUAUGUGCCCUGAAAUUAGGGUCACAGUUGUUGAUGUUAAUGAAUCUAGAAUCAAUGCAUGGAAUUCAAACACACUCCCAAUUUAUGAGCCAGGACUAAAAGAAGUAGUUGAAUCUUGUCGGGGGAAGAAUCUCUUUUUUUCUACUGACAUUGAUGCUGCAAUCAGAGAUGCUGAUCUUGUGUUUAUUUCUGUUAACACACCAACAAAGACUUACGGAAUGGGAAAAGGUCGGGCCGCCGAUCUGAAGUAUAUCGAAGCUUGUGCCAGACGGAUUGUACAGAACUCCAACGGGUACAAAAUUGUGACUGAGAAAAGCACUGUCCCGGUCAGGGCAGCGGAAAGUAUACGCAGAAUAUUUGAUGCAAACACAAAACCCAACUUGAACUUACAGGUGCUCUCCAAUCCCGAAUUCUUGGCAGAGGGUACAGCCAUCAAGGACCUAAGGAACCCUGAUCGGGUACUGAUUGGUGGUGAUGAAACCCCCGAGGGGCAGAAGGCCGUGCGGGCCCUCUCUGCCGUCUAUGAACACUGGGUUCCCAAAGAAAAGAUCCUCACAACCAACACCUGGUCUUCAGAGCUUUCUAAAUUGGCAGCUAAUGCUUUUCUUGCCCAGAGAAUCAGCAGCAUUAACUCUAUCAGUGCCCUAUGUGAAGCAACGGGAGCUGAUGUAGAAGAGGUGGCAACAGCCAUUGGGAUGGACCAGAGAAUUGGAAAUAAGUUUCUGAAAGCCAGUGUUGGCUUUGGUGGGAGCUGUUUCCAGAAAGAUGUUUUAAAUUUGGUUUAUCUUUGUGAAGCUCUGAAUUUGCCUGAAGUAGCUCGUUAUUGGCAACAGGUUAUAGAUAUGAAUGACUACCAGAGAAGAAGAUUUGCUUCCCGGAUUAUAGACAGUCUGUUUAAUACGGUCACUGAUAAGAAGAUAGCUAUUUUGGGAUUUGCAUUCAAAAAGGACACUGGAGACACAAGAGAAUCCUCUAGUAUCUACAUAAGCAAAUAUUUGAUGGAUGAAGGUGCGCACCUCCAUAUUUAUGAUCCUAAAGUACCAAGGGAACAAAUAGUUGUAGAUCUCUCCCAUCCUGGUGUUUCGGAGGAUGACCAAGUGUCCCGACUGGUGACCAUUACAAAGGAUCCAUAUGAAGCAUGUGAUGGAGCCCACGCUGUUGUCAUUUGUACUGAAUGGGAUGUGUUCAAGGAAUUGGAUUAUGAACGUAUUCACAAAAAAAUGCUGAAGCCAGCCUUUAUCUUUGAUGGUCGACGCGUCCUCGAUGACCUUCACAACGAGUUACAAACCAUUGGCUUCCAGAUUGAAACAAUCGGCAAGAAGGUAUCUUCAAAGAGAAUUCCAUACGCACCUUCAUGUGAAAUUCCAAAGUUUAGUCUCCAGGACCCGCCGAACAAGAAGCCAAGAGUCUAGGUCAUGUCGUCGCUGCAUUUUUAGUAUUGCAGAAUCAUGAAUACCCAUAUUAUGUUAAAUAGCAAACCAAUGAAGUGUUUUUAAGGAAACAAAACUUAUUUUUUUAGUGAUUCAAAUCAAGUUUUUAAAAGCUACAUGGCUGGUAGCAUACCUAGUCAUCUUAAAUCUAGAAUCUAUUUUCUCUAUAUUUUUAUAAUAUUUUGUCAGUUGUCGAAUGAGCAAUUGGGAAAUAAUUAUGUUCUUAAUGGUAUCGAUUUUUGUAAAAAUUAAACUUCAGAUCUCUUAUUUUAAAAUAUGUUCAUAACUUGUGCUUCAAUUUUAUACCUUUCUGUGUUUUGUUCAUCAGUGUAUUUUUUAAACACUAAAUGUGUUUUGUUGAGGACUUUACAUUUUUAUGUUAAAUACCAAGCUGACUCUUUAAAUGCCAUGAAGUGAGACUAGCUAGAUCGGCUGUGAUUGUUAAUGGUGUCUAAUAUGUAAACCACGGGCCUCUGAUCACAGGAAAAGAGAGGAGACUGGACAGACUUGGAUCUUGUUUGUCAUCUUUGCAUAUGCAGAACAUGUGCUUUCUUGGUUCUUCCAAGUGAAAAAUGGACAAAACAUUCCUUAACACCUUAGUGGGGGGAGUAGCGGGAGCACAUUGAAUUGCUUACUGUUGUUUCAAAGAGUCAGUCAUUUUUUUCUUUGGUAAGUUAAAGUGUAUGAAAUAUUCAUUUUAAGAGAAAAUAAAUAAAUAGCAUGGUCUAUU